AUGGGGACGAUGGGGGUCACAGGCGGUGGAAUCACGUUCAUUGUGGGGGAUCCGGAUCGAGUGACCCGUGGGGACCCAGAAGCCUCCUCGACGCUGCCCCUUGGCCAGAGGGUGAACCUGAUCGAGCCAGUGACCAUCUUUCCCAUGAGCAGAGCCCUGAACCCCGCCCACGGUGGGCAGGUGUGCAGCACGUGGGGGACCUUCCACUACAAGACGUUCGACGGUGCCAUCUUCCGCUUCCCGGGCCUCUGCAACUACGUCUUGGCCGCCCACUGCCGCGCCCCGUACGAGGACUUCAACGUCCAAAUCCGCCGGGCCCUGGGCCCUGGCGGCCGCCCCGUGGUCUCCCGCGUCCUGCUCCACAUCGACGGCGUCGUCCUGGAGAUGGUCAACGGCUCCGUCCUCGUCGACGGCCAAAGGGAACAGACGCCCUUCACACUCUCUGGGAUCGCCGUGGAGAAGAACAGCGUCUACACUAAAGUCAGGGCCAAGAUCGGCCUGACCUUCAUGUGGAACGGCGAGGACGGCGUCCUGCUGGAACUGGACCCCAGAUACGUUAACCAGACCUGUGGGCUCUGCGGGGAUUUCAACGGACUCCCGGAAUACAAUGAAUUCUACUCCAAUGAUGUCAGGCUGACGGCGCUUCAGUUUGGAAACCUGCAGAAGAUGGAUGGGCCAACAGAAGAAUGCGAAGACCCAGUAAUGCCAAAGGAGGAGAAAUGUCAGGACAAGGGAGAUGUCUGCGUCAGGGUGCUGACUGGGCCAGCCUUCGCGGACUGCCACGGGCUGGUCAACGUGAGCCGGUACAUCGAGGCCUGCAUCCAAGACCUGUGCUCCUGCUCGGUGCCCGAUGGACCCUCCUGCCCGUGUGACACCGUCGCGGAGUACUCGCGGCAGUGUGCCCAUGCCGGAGGGCGACCCCGGGCCUGGAGGAACCCCCAGCUGUGCCCCAAGAAGUGUCCGCCCACGAUGCGCUACGAGGAGUGCGGGUCUCCUUGCCCCGACUCCUGCUCCAACCCCGAGCGCAGCCAGCUCUGCGAAGACCACUGCAUGGAUGGAUGCUUCUGCCCCCCAGGGACUGUUUUGGACGACGUACACGAGGCGGGCUGCAUCCCCCUGUCGCAGUGCUCCUGUACCUUCAACGGCCGCUCUUACCAUCCGGGAUCCUCCUUCUCUACCCGCUGCAGCGCCUGCACCUGCACGGGCGGGAGAUGGAGCUGCCAGGCUCUCCCCUGCCCCGGCACCUGCUCCGUGGAAGGCGGCUCGCACGUGUCUACCUUCGACGAGAAGCGCUACACCGUCCACGGCGACUGUACCUACGUCCUGGCCAAGAACUGUGACGACAGCAGCUUCACGGUCCUGGGAGAGCUGCGCAAAUGCGGACUGACGGACAGCGAGACCUGCUUGAAGACGGUCACCCUCAACCUCCAGGGAGGCCAGACGGUGAUUAAGGUGCAGUCAGACGGCAGUGUGUACGUCAACACCAUCUACACGCAGCUGCCCUUCUCAGCAGCCAACAUGACCAUCUUCCAGCCAUCGACGUUCUUCGUGAUGGUGCAGACGGGCUUCCGCCUCCAGCUGCAGAUUCAGGUCGUGCCCGUCAUGCAGGUCUUCAUGACGCUGGACUCUUCCCACCAGGGACAGAUGUGUGGUCUCUGCGGGAACUUCAACCAGAACCAGGCAGACGACUUCAAGGCGGUGAGCGGCGUGGUGGAAGCCACGGCGGCCGCCUUCGCCAACACCUGGAAGACCCAGGCUGACUGCCCCAACGUCCAGAACCUCUUCGAGAACCCGUGUGCCCUCAGCGUGGACAACGAGAAUUACGCCCAGCACUGGUGCUCCCUGCUGACCAACUCCAGCGGGGUCUUCGCCCCCUGCCACCAGGCCGUGAACCCCGUCCCCUACUACACGAACUGCAUGUUCGACACCUGCAACUGCGAGAAGAGCGAGGAUUGUCUGUGCGCGGCCUGGUCUUCCUACGUGAGGGCCUGUGCCGGACGCGGCGUCCUGCUGCGGGGCUGGAGGGGCCACGGCGUCUGCGCCAAAUACGCGACCUCGUGCCCCAAGUCCCUGACCUACAGCUACGCGAUAGAGUCCUGCCCGCCCACGUGCCGGGCGCUGAGCCAGCAGGAUGUCACGUGCGCGGUCUCCUUCGUCCCCGUGGAUGGCUGCACCUGUGCCAACGGCACCUACCUGGACGCCGGCGGCCAGUGCGUGCCCGCCGCCAGCUGCCCCUGCUACCACCACGGGGCACCCGUGCCCGCCGGCCAGUCCUUCCGCCAGAACGGUGCCAUCUGCUCCUGCUCAGGGGGGAAGCUGAGCUGCAUUGGGGAGACUAACCGAUCCCCAGUAUGCUCCCCUCCCAUGGUCUACCUGGACUGUGGAAAUGUGUCGGCGGGGACGCCGGGGGUGGAGUGUCUGAAGAGCUGUCAGACCCUCGACAUGGCUUGUUACAGCACACGUUGCGUGUCCGGCUGCGUGUGCCCCGGCGGGCUGGUGUCAGACGGGAAGGGAGGCUGCAUCGCCCCGGAGGUCUGUCCGUGCGUCCACAAUGAGGCCAGCUACAGCCCCGGGGAGACCGUCAGGGUGGACUGUAACACCUGCACGUGCAAGGACCGGGUUUGGGAAUGUACCCAGGAGGCCUGCAUGGGCACCUGCUCCGUCUACGGGGACGGACACUACGUCACCUUUGACGGGGAGAGCUACACCUUCGAGGGGAGCUGCGAAUACACGCUAGCCCAGGACCACUGCGGGGGCAACGGCAGCGCCCCGGGCUCUUUCCGGGUCAUCACCGAGAACGUGCCCUGUGGAACCACGGGCGUCACCUGCUCCAAGGCCAUCAAGGUCUUCCUCGGGGGCUACGAACUGAUCCUCAGCGAGGGGGACAUCGCGGUGGUCCAACGGGGAGCCGGCGGGAGCAUCCCUUACAGCGUCCGGACCAUGGGCAUCUUCCUGACCAUCGAGGCCCAGAACGGUCUGGCCCUGCUGUGGGACAGAAAGACCAGCAUCUUCAUCCGGCUGAGCCAGGAGCUCAAGGGCCGGGUGUGCGGGCUGUGCGGCAACUUCGACGACCACGGGGGCAACGAUCUGACGACGCGCAGCGGGUCCGUGGUGGGCGACGUGCGGGAGUUCGGCAACAGCUGGAAGUCAUCUCCCUCCUGCCCGGACGCCGUGACCCCCAGAGACCCCUGCACCGCCAACCCCUACCGCAGGGCCUGGGCCCAUCGACGCUGUGCCAUCCUCCACAGUGAUGUCUUCGCCCUCUGCCACCGCCAGGUGGAGCCAUCAAGGUUCUACGAGGCCUGCGUGAGCGACGCGUGUGCCUGCGACAGCGGCGGGGACUGUGAGUGUUUCUGCACCGCCGUGGCCGCCUACGCCCGGGCCUGCAACCAGGUCGGGGUCUGCGUCUCCUGGAGGACCCCCGACAUCUGCCCCCUGUUCUGCGAUUACUACAACCCCAAGGGCGGGUGUGAGUGGCACUACCAGCCGUGCGGAGCCGCCUGCAUGAAGACCUGCCGUAAUCCCACCGGGAAGUGUCUCAACGCUCUUCCCGGGUUGGAAGGGUGCUACCCAAAUUGCCCGGCGGAGAGGCCCUUCUUCAGUGAACACGAAAUGAAAUGCGUCUCCCAGUGCGGCUGUUACGACUCAGAAGGAAACUACCACCAGCUUGGGGUGGAGGUCCGCGCCCCCCAGAACUGCCAGCGCUGCCAGUGCACCCCCGAAGGCAUCGAAUGCUGGCCGGACCAGAUGGCCUGCACCUGCGAGUACGAGGGGAAGACAUACCAGGUUGGAGAACUGAUCUACCAUACGUCGGACGGCACCGGGGGCUGCCUGACCGCCGUGUGUUCCCCCGGGGGCCGCAUCGACCGCACCUCCGAGGCCUGCACCCACGCCCCGUCCACCACCCCGUUCUCCUUCUCCACCCCCACCACGCCCCAGCCCACCACAGGGCCCACGUCCCCACCCACGAUCCCCACGGUGUGCGUCCGCGAGAGCUGCCAGUGGUCAGCCUGGCUGGACGGUAGCCACCCGGGGGCCGUGUCCGACGACGGCGGUGAGUUCGAGAGCCUCGAGGAGCUCCGGGAGAGGGGCUUCCCGAUCUGCCGGGCGCCCCGGGCCGUGGAGUGCCGGCUGGCAGAAUUCCCCGACACCGAGCCGGGGGCGAAGGGUCAGCAGGUGCUGUGCACCCUCACUGAGGGGCUGCAGUGUUGGCAUCGGGACCAGGGCCCGCCGGGCUGCCUCAAUUAUGAGAUCCGAGUCCUCUGCUGCAGCUACGUCUCCUGCGAAACCUCGGUCAGCCCCGGAGUCAGGCCCACCCCGUCAACCACGGCCCCCCCGACCGCCUCCCUGUCCACCAAGGAGAUGGCCACCAGAAGGGAGACCACUCUGCAGUCCACCCCCGCCUCCGGGUCGCCCGGGACCAUGAUGUCGGCCGGCACCAGCCACACCGUCGCCCCCCUGACCCUCCCCGAGGCAGCGACCACCACGCUCCGGGCCGGACCAGGGAUCACCUCCGCCGUCCUCUCCCCGACGUCUCCCCUGGGGUCGACGUCGGGAGGCUGGCCCACGUCGCCUAGCGGGGCGUCCACGGGGACCCCGACGACGACGGCCGGAUCCACCCCGUGCCACCCGGGUUGCCAGUGGACGGAGUGGUUUGACGUGGACUUCCCGUCGUCGGGGGUGACGGGAGGGGACUUUGAGACCUACGACAGCAUCCGGGCCGCCGGGGGGAAGCUCUGCCUGACUCCCGUCAAGGUGGAGUGCCGGGCCGAAAACUACCCCGGGGUGAGCAUUGACCAGAUCGGGCAGCACGUGCAGUGUUCCUUGGAGCGAGGACUGAUCUGCCGGAAUGAAGACCAGCCGGGAAAGUUCAACCUGUGCUACAACUACAACAUCAGAGCCCUGUGCUGCGACGACUACAGCCACUGCCCGGGCGGCCCUCCGGGGGCGACUACGGCGGAGACCCCGGCGGCGACGACCACCCAGCCCACGUCCGGCAGGCCGAUGGAAACCGUCCGCUCAACUGCACCGUCCACGGGGAAGGUGUCGCUCACUGCCACGACGGCCCAUCUGCUCCGGAGCACUCAGGCCAAAGGCACGGCCACCACACAGCGCAUUACCUCUGCCGGGGGGCCCAGUAGCCCCGGGAGGACCAGAACCAGCCCCGGGACUCCUGGAACCGGCUCCACAUUCGGCACGACCUCCAUGGCUCCGGCCAGGACCACCACCACCGUGUCCGUCACCGAGGCCCUGACGACCACGGCCUGUCGGCCCGCCUGUCGGUGGACGGAAUGGUUCGACGUGGACCACCCCAAGCCCGGAGCAAGCGGAGGCGACGUGGAGACGUACCAGUCGAUCCGAGCAACCGGACGAAGCUUCUGUGGGAGGCCCCAGGAUGUCCAAUGCCGGGCGGAGAGAUACCCGGACAUGACAGUGGAUCAGGUCGGCCAGGCCGUCUACUGCGACGUGGCCUUCGGGCUGGUGUGCAGGAACAGGGAGCAGACGGGGAAGUCCAAGCUGUGCUACAACUACCAGGUGCGUGUGCUGUGCUGUGACGACUUCAGCCACUGCCCGCCCACCGCCACCAUAAGCCCAAGCCCCACGGCCACCACCCGGACACCCACGACUGGCGCCCCAUCACCGCCAACAACGAUUAUCCUGCCGUGGUCAUCCCUCCCGUCUGAAAGCACCACUGCCACCCACGAGACCGUCUCAGAGCCGGUCAGAAGCACCACCCAGUUGAUCACUGUCCCACCCCAGACUCUUCCCACUUCACAGACAACGAACGGGCCGGCCACCACCGCUCCUCAGGGAUGGACCCCGCCGGGGACCCCCUCCGAGCCAGCUACGACCACCGCCUCCACCACAGCCCUCCCGACAACUAGAUCCACUCCUCCGGCCUCGGCCCCCAUCAAAGACCACACAAGCCCCACGCCCACCUCCUGCCAGCCCGCAUGUCACUGGACAGAGUGGUUGGACACGGACUAUCCCCAGUCCGGGCCGGACGGCGCAGACAUAGAGACGCUCGAUAACAUGCGGGCCUCUGGCCGGCACCUCUGCAAAGCACCCACAACCAUCGAGUGUCGGGCGGAGAAUUACCCCGACUUGCCCAUCCGGGACGUGGGACAGAAAGUGCUGUGCGACGUGAACGUGGGUCUGGUCUGCAGGAACCACGAGCAGGCGAGCCCCUUCAAACUCUGCUUCAACUACCACGUCCGAUUCCAGUGCUGCGACGACUACAGCCACUGCCCGACGUGGACACCGUCCGUCUCAGCCUCUACAACCACCAGUCACCGCACCGCAUCCUCGGUGCCAUCCGCUCCUCUGUCCCCGACCACGGGGGCAACGACGGAGUCUCCCCCGGCCCCUGUGGGGACCACCCUGAAGGUGACCCCUUCCCUACAUCCGACCAGCCCGUGGCCGGGAACCACCACCACUGCCACGGUGGCCAACCUGUUCCCAAACUCUCCAGGCAAAGGCACAACCACCACGCAUAAGGUCACUUCCACUGAGGGUCCCAGCAGUCCAGGAAGGACCAGAACCAGCCCCGGGACUCCUGGAACUGGCUCCACAUUCGGCACGACCUCCACGGCUCCGGCCACGACCACCACCACCGUAUCCGUCACCGAGGCCCUGACGACCACGGCCUGUCGGCCCGCCUGUCGGUGGACGGAAUGGUUCGACGUGGACCGCCCCAACCCCGGGGAGGGCGGCGGCGAUGUGGAGACGUACCAGGCGAUCCGAGCGGCCGGACAAAGCUUCUGUGGGCGGCCCCAGGACGUCCAGUGCCGGGCGGAGAGAUACCCAGACAUGACAGUGGAUGAGGUCGGCCAGGCCGUCUACUGCGACGUGGCCUUCGGGCUGGUGUGCAGGAACAGGGAGCAGACGGGGAAGUCCAAGCUGUGCUACAACUACCAGGUGCGUGUGCUGUGCUGUGAUGACUUCAGCCACUGCCCGCCCACCGCCACCAUGAGCCCGAGCCCCACGGCCACCACCCGGACGCCCACGACUGGCGCCCCAUCACCGCCAACAACGACUAUCCUGCCAUGGUCCUCCCUCCCUUCUGAAAGCACCACUGCCACCCAUGAGACCGUCUCAGAGCCGGUCAGAAGCACCACCCAGUUGAUCACUGUCCCACCCCAGACUCUUCCCACUUCACAGACAACGAGCGGGCCGGCCACCACCACUCCUCAGGGAUGGACCCGGCCGGGAACCCCCUCCGAGCCAGCUACGACCACCGCCUCCACCACAGCCCUCCCGACAACUAGAUCCACUCCUCCGGCCUCGGCCCCCAUCAAAGACCACACAAGCCCCACGCCCACCUCCUGCCAGCCCGCAUGUCACUGGACAGAGUGGUUGGACACGGACUAUCCCCAGUCUGGGCCGGACGGCGCAGACAUAGAGACGCUCGAUAACAUGCGGGCCUCCGGCCGGCAGCUCUGCAAAGCACCCACAGCCAUCGAGUGUCGGGCGGAGAAUUACCCCGACUUGCCCAUCCGGGACGUGGGACAGAAAGUGCUGUGCGACGUGAACGUGGGUCUGGUCUGCAGGAACCGCGAGCAGGCGGGCCCCUUCAAACUCUGCUUCAACUACCACGUCCGAUUCCAGUGCUGCGACGACUACAGCCACUGCCCGACAUGGACACCGUCCGUCUCAGCCUCUACAACCACCGGUCACCGCACCGCAUCCUCGGUGCCAUCCGCUCCUCUGUCCCCGACCACGGGGGCGACGACUGAGUCUCCCCCGGCCCCUGUGGGGACCACCCCGAAGGUGACCCCUUCCCUACAUCCGACCAGCCCAUGGCCGGGAACCACCACCACUGCCACGGUGGCCAACCUGUUCCCAAACUCUCCAGGCACAGGCACAACCACCACGCAUAAGGUCACUUCCACUGAGGGUCCCAGCAGUCCGGGGAGGACCAGAACCAGCCCUGGGACCCCUGGAACCGGCUCCACAUUUGGCACGACCUCCACAGCUCCGGCCACGACCACCACCACCGUAUCCGUCACCGAGGCCUUGACGACCACGGCCUGUCAGCCCGCCUGUCGGUGGACAGAAUGGUUCGACGCGGACCGCCCCAACCCCGGAGCAAGCGGAGGCGACGUGGAGACGUACCAGUCGAUCCGAGCAACCGGACGAAGCUUCUGUGGGAGGCCCCGGGAUGUCCAGUGCCGGGCGGAGAGAUACCCGAACAUGACAGUAGAUCAGGUCGGCCAGGCCGUCUACUGCGACGUGGCCUUCGGGCUGGUGUGCAGGAACAGGGAGCAGACGGGGAAGUCCAAGCUGUGCUACAACUACCAGGUGCGUGUGCUGUGCUGUGACGACUUCAGCCACUGCCCGCCCACCGCCACCAUAAGCCCGAGCCCCACGACCAUCACCCGGACGCCUCCGACUGGCGCCCCAUCACUGCCAACAACGACUAUCCUGCCAUGGUCUUCCCACCCAUCUGAAAGCACCACGGCCACCAGUGAGACUACUACCAGUGAGACCGCCCCAGGCCCGGGCAGGACCACCACCCGGUUGACCACUGUCCCACCCCAGACUCUUCCCACUUCACAGACAACGAGCGGGCCGGCCACCACCGCUCCUCAGGGAUGGACCCAGCCAGGGACCCCCUCCGAGCCAGCCAUGACCACCGCCUCCACCACAGCCCUCCCGACAACUAGAUCCACUCCUCCGGCCUCGGCCCCCAUCAAAGACCACACAAGCCCCACGCCCACCUCCUGCCAGCCCACAUGUCAUUGGACGGACUGGUUGGACACAGACUAUCCCCAUUCCGGGCCGGACGGCGCGGACAUCGAGACGCUCGACAACAUGCGGGCCUCCGGCCGGCAGAUCUGCAAAGCACCCACAGCCAUCGAGUGCCGGACAGAGAAUUAUCCCAACUUGCCCAUCCGGGACGUGGGACAGAACGUGCUGUGUGAUGUGAACGUGGGUCUGGUCUGCAGGAACCGCGAGCAGACGGGCCCCUUCAAACUCUGCUUCAACUACCACGUCCGAUUCCAGUGCUGCGACGACUACAGCCACUGCUCGACCUGGACGCCGUCCGUCCCGGCCUCCACGGCCACCGGCCUCCCCACCCCGUCCUCGAUGCCCUCCGCUCCUCCGUUCCCGACCACGGCGGCGACGACUGAAUCUUCCACGGCCCCGGCGUGGACCACGCCUAAGGUGACCCCGACAGGUCCACAUCCUGGGACCACCACUAAGACCACUGUGAUCAACCUGCUUCCAUACUCCCCGGCCACAGGCACGUCCCCCGUGGCCACCACGCACCACGUCACUUCCACUGAGGGGCCCAGUAGCCCUGGGAGGACCAGAACCAGCCCCGGGACUCCUGGAACCGGCUCCACAUUCGGCACCACCUCCGCAGCUCCGGCCACAACCACCACCACCACCACGUCCGUCACCGAGGCCCUGACACCCACAUCCUGUCAGCCCGCCUGUCGGUGGACGGAAUGGUUCGAUGUGGACCGCCCCAAGCCCGGAGCUCGCGGGGGUGACGUGGAGACGUACCGCUCGAUCCGGGACGCAGGACACAGCUUCUGUGGUCAGCCCGAGGAGCUGGAGUGCCGGGCGGAGCGAUACCCGGACGUGCCGGUGCACCAGGUCGGACAGACCGUCUACUGCGACGUGGCCUUCGGACUGGUGUGCAGGAACAGAGAGCAGACGGGGAAGUCCAAGCUGUGCUACAACUACCAGGUGCGCAUGCUCUGCUGUAACCACUUCAGCCACUGCCCGCCCACCACCACCAUGAGCCCGAGCCCCACGGCCACCCCCAGGACGCCCGUGACCGGAACCCCGUCACUGCCAACGACGGCCAUCCUGCCAUGGUCGACCCUCCCAUCUGAAAGCACCACCGCCACCAGCGAGACCAGUUUGGGGCCGGUCAGAACCACCACCCGGUUGACCGCUGUCCCACCGCAGACUUCCCCCACUUCACAGACAACGAGUGGGCCGGCCACCACUGCUCCUCAGGGAUGGACCCGGCCGGGGACCGCCUCCGAGCCAGCCAGUACCACCGCCUCCAUCACAGCCCUCCCGACAACUAGAUCCACCCCUCCGGCCUCGGCCCCCGUCAAAGUCCAUACGAGUCCCACGCCCACCUCCUGCCAGCCCGCAUGUCAUUGGACGGACUGGUUGGACACGGACUAUCCCCAGUCCGGCCCGGACGGCGCGGACAUCGAGACGCUCGACAACAUGCAGGCCUCUGGCCGGCAAAUCUGCAAGAAUCCCGUGGCCAUCGAGUGCCGGGCGGAGAAUUAUCCCGACUUGCCCAUCCGGGACGUGGGACAGGACGUGCUGUGUGAUGUGAACGUGGGUCUGGUCUGCAGGAACCGCGAGCAGACGGGCCCCUUCAAACUCUGCUUCAACUACCACGUCCGAUUCCAGUGCUGCGAAGACUACAGCCACUGCCCGACCUGGACGCCGUCCGUCCCGGCCUCCACGACUACUGGCCUCCGCACCGCGUCCUCAGCGCCCUCCACUCCUCCGUCCCCGACCACGGCGGCGACGACGGAGUCUCCCACGGCCCCGGCGGGGACCACCCCUAAGGUAACCCCGACAGGUCCACAGCCAGGGACCACCACUAAGGCCACUGUGACCAACCUGCUUCCAAACUCUCCGGCCACAGGCACGUCCUCCACUGCCACCACACAUCGCGUCAGUUCCACUGAGGGGCCUAGUAGCCCGAGUAGGACCAGAACCAGCCCCAGGACUCCGGGGACCGGCUCCUCAUUCGGCACGACCUCCACGGCUCCGGCCACGACCACCACUACCAGCCUCAGCCCCACGGCCACCAUCUGGACGCCCGCAUCUGGAUCCCCAUCACUGCCGACGACAGCCAUCCUGCCGUGGUCGUCCUUCCCGUCCGAAACCACCACCGCCACCAGCAAGAACAUCUCGGAGCCGGUCAGAACCACUACACUUUUAACCACGGUCCCACCCCAGACUCUUCCCACUUCACAGACGACGGGAGGGCCGGAGACCACCGCUCCUCAGGGAUGGACCCGGCCGGGGACCCGCUCCGAGCCAGCCACGACCGCCGCCUCCAACACAGCCCUCUCGACAACUAGAUCCAUCCCUCUGGCCUCGGCCCCCGUCAUAAGCCCCACGAGCCCCACGCCCUCCUCCUGCCAGCCCGCAUGUCACUGGAUGGAGUGGUUGGACAUGGACUAUCCCCAGUCCGGGCCGGACGGCGCAGACAUCGAGACGUUCGACAAGAUGUGGGCCUCCGGCCGGCUGAUCUGCAAGAAUCCCGUGGCCAUCGAGUGCCGGGCGGAGAAUUACCCCGACUUGCCCAUCCGGGACGUGGGACAGAACGUGCUGUGCGACGUGAAAGUGGGUCUGGUCUGCAGGAACCGCGAGCAGGCGGGCCCCUUCAAACUCUGCUUCAACUACCACGUCCGAUUCCAGUGCUGCGACGACUACAGCCACUGCCCGACCCGGACGCCGUCCGUCCCGGCCUCCACGGCCACCGGCCUCCCCACCCCGUCCUCGGCGCCCUCCACUCCUCCAUCCCCGACCACGGCGGGGACGACGGAAUCUCCCACGAGCCCAGCGGGGGUCACGCCUAAGGUGACCCCGACAGGUCCACACUCUCCGGCCGCACCCCGUUCUUCCCCGGCCCCCUCGCCGUCCACCGCGUGCCGUCCCCGCUGCCGCUGGUCUCCGUGGUUCGACGAAGACCGCCCCGAGUCCGGCCCCGACGGCAGCGACGUCGAGACCUACGACCGCCUCCGGGCCGCCGGCCACCACGUCUGCAGGGAGCCGCAGGGCGUCGAGUGCCGCGGGGAGGACUUCCCCGGGCUGCCCGUCCACGAGCUGGGCCAGAACGUCACCUGCGACCUGGCCUACGGCCUGGUCUGCCGGAACCGGAACCAGCCGGGCCCCUCGGCCGUGUGCCUCAACUACCAGAUACGCAUCCUGUGCUGCGAGGACACUGGCCACUGCCCCACGUCCGCCUCCCCCACGGUGACCGUGCCCACCUUCACGUCCGUGGAGGGCGCCGCCAUCAUCACCACGCCCCUGGCCGCGUCCUCCGGCCGCUCCACGACCGUCCUCCUCCCCACCUGGCCUUCGACCCCCGCGAUCACCCCACCGUCCUCUCCUCUCACAACUCCCUGCUUCUGUCGGGUGUUUGGCGACCUCUUCUCCCCCGGGGAUGUGGUGUACAACCAAACCGACAAGGCCGGGUGCGUCUACUACGCCCUCUGCGACCUGCGCUGUGAGAUCGACCGGUUCCGGGGGCCGUGUCCCACCUCCACCCCGUCUGUCUCCCCAUCUAGCGGAACCCCGCCACCAUCUUGCUCCAACGCCAACCCUCCGAGACAGAUCAAUGAGACCUGGACGCUGGACAACUGCACGGUGGCCAUCUGCGAAGGAGACAACCGCAUUGUCCUUCUGGACCCGGUGCCCGUCAGCAAGAUUUCAUGUGAAAACGGGAUCGAGCCCAUCAAGGUCUACCACGAGGACAGAUGCUCCUACCACUACGAGUGCGAAUGUAUCUGCAACGGCUGGGGCAACUCUCACUACCUGACCUUCGAUGGCAUCUACUACACCUUCUACGACAACUGCACCUACGUACUGGUGCGGGAGAUCGCCCCGCGGGCGGGCAACCUGAGCGUGGCCAUCGACAACCACUUCUGCGAGGUGGGCAACAACGAGUCCUGCCCCCGGGCCCUCAUCCUCAACUACCGGCACAACGAGAUCCUGCUCACCAGCGAGAUCGUCGCCGGCAAGAUCACCAACAAGGUCCUGUUCAAUAAAGUCAAAGUGAGCCAGGGCUUCAGCCAGGACGGCAUCAUCAUUUCGAGGAGCAGUCAGAUGAUGGGCGUGGAGAUUCCCGAAAUCCAGGCCUCCUUCUUCUUCAACGGGCUGGUCUUCCAGAUCAAACUUCCCUACGGCCUCUUCAGGAACAACACGGAGGGCCAGUGCGGUACCUGCACCAACGACCAGGAAGAUGAGUGCCGCCUGCCAGGAGGCGAGAUCUCCACAACCUGCUCCAGCAUGGCACCCGCCUGGCUCGUCCCGGACAGGAACAGGGAAUUCUGCCAGGCGCCACCCACACCCAUCCCCGGGAUGGAGCCGACGCCAACACCGGCCGAGCCCUGCAAGCCAGCGCCCGUGUGCCAGCUUAUCCUCAGCGAGGUGUUUGCGGGGUGCCACCAGCUAGUGCCCCCGCAAGCCUUCUACGACACGUGCGUCGCCGACUCCUGCCACCCGUCCAACAACCUCCUUCCGUGCCAGAGCACCGAGCUUUACGCUUCCCUCUGCCGGGGCAAAGGGGUCUGCUCCCAGUGGAGGAGCCUCACCGGUGGCCAGUGUGAGAUGACGUGCCCCCCGGGCAAGGUGUACGAGCCCUGUGGACCGGCCAGACCCCCAUCCUGCGACAACAGGCACGACGUUGACCCCCAGGCCCCCCUCAUGGAAGGCUGCUUCUGUCCGGAGGGUCAGCUCCUCUUCAACUCCCAAGUGGACAUCUGCGUGCCCAGUUGCCCCUGCGUGGGGCCGGACGGCCUGCCAAGAUACCCCGGGGCGCGUUGGGAGAGCGACUGCCAGCAGUGCGAGUGCGACGCCGGCUCGGUGACCGUCCAGUGCCGACCCAUCCAGUGCGGGACCCCGGAGCCCCCCGCCGCCUGCCGCAAGCCGGGAUUCGUCCCCGUCCCCGUUCUCCGGCCCGAGGACAAGUGCUGCCCGGACCACAAGUGCUUCUGCGACCCCGCGCUCUGCUCCGCGACGCCCCCCGAAUGCGGGCCGGGGGCCGAGCCCCAACCCGUCCUCCUCCAGGGAGACUGCUGCCCUGCCUUCGAAUGCAAGCGUCAGCAGUGCGAGCACAACGGGACGCUGUACGGGAUCGGGGUGACGGUCACUUCUGUCGUUCCCUGCCAUCGCUGCACCUGCCGGGAGGAGCCGGACCCCCGGACCCACGAUUUCUGGUGGUGUGAACCCGAGACGUGCGACACUGCCUGCCCCAAGGGCUUCACCUAUAGAGCGGAGGCUGGGAGCUGCUGCGGGCGAUGUGUCCAGACGGCCUGCCAGACCAAAGACGGCAAGUGGAUCGAGGUCAACCAGAGCUGGGUGGACACCAAGGUGGACAACUGCACCGAGUACCUGUGUGAGCAGGUGGACGACGUGUUCCUCCUGAGCCCGGGGAGGCAGGGCUGCCCCGACGUCACCCACUGCCAGGGAAGACUCCAGAAGGUGGGAUGCUGCUACGAAUGUAGGAACGACACCGAGCUCUGCCAAGUGCGGGUCAAGGAGACGGUGCUCACCCACAAUGGCUGCCGGACCGAGGUGCCCGUCAACUUGACCUUCUGCGAGGGGACGUGUCACACCAGCUCCAUCUACUCGGCGGAGGCGAGCGCCAUGGAGCGCCGCUGCGGCUGCUGCCAGGAGGAGGUGACCCGUCCUCGAGCCGUGGGCCUGCUGUGCCCCGGCGGUGCCCGCCUCCGCCUCUCCUACGGCCACGCCGACCCCGGCCCCAAUCGGCCACCCGCCGCCCGCGCUCCGGCCUCGUGCUCCCUCCGCCUCGCCUUGCCCCUCGGCCCCCAAGAUGCGCUCCCCCGGGGGCCCAGGACGGUGCUCCGCUUGAAGUGGGCGCCCUGUAAAGCAGAUUUGCCCCUGCACCCGCUAGGCGCUCAGUACAGCCCCCAGCUCGUGCUCUCUACACCCUCCUGCGCCCAGAAGGUGCUCAGGACAACCUCCUGCCCCCACCGGGCACUCAGUACAGCUCCCAGCUCCGUGCGGGUGCUCGCAGGCAUUCGCUACAGCCCCCUGCAACUAGUAGGCACAGAGUAA